AUGGCGCGUUUGCUUCAAGAGGGUCUACCCAGAGCAACUUCCUUGCAUGGAACAAUAGAGGACAAUCAACAUGUGGACCAUGACUAUGAACUACGGGACGCUCAUGAUGACCCCCAAGAACUCAACCGCCCAAAUGACUCCUUGAGCCCGGGUCAAGAAACGUGGUUCCCUGCUGGGUUCAUAGAGCGGGAGGUAGACAUUUAUCUAACGCACUUCCAUGACCAGCCAUAUUGUGUGUUUUCGAAAGGAUGGCUAUUGGAAAAUGCAAACUCGUUACCGCCAGAGAUCUCGCUUCCAUUGGUGGCUCUUACAUAUCAUCUUCCUCGACGUUCAAGGAAGACUCUACUCGGGGGUCCACUGGACGCAAAGUCCUUUUCAGAGAAAGCCUGGAAUAUUGUAUCAAACCAAUAUAAAGACGGCAAGAUGAGUCUUUCGGCCCUCCAGGGCACUUUUCUCAUGGCCCAAGCAGACUUUGCCGAUGGACGGGCGCACAGAGGGUAUGCUUCUGUUGCCUUUGGUCUGCGAACUAUUCAGUCAGUGGGCCUGAACAAAGACCGAUAUUCACAUUCCUCAAAUUCGCAAGAGAACGAACUGAGAAAGCGCACUACGUGGGCCUUUUUCAUGCUCGAUCGCACAUACAGUGCCUCACGAAACUAUUCACUCUCGCUAACGGAUAAGCACUUUACUCUUCCAUUCCCCUCUCGGGAAACAGUCGCCGCAUUCAAUGAGUCAAUUCCAGUUGUUCAUGGUACAUUGCAUGAUGGGCCCGGGAAACAAGGACAGAAGGUCGACCAUGGCAUCCUAGCUUGUCUUCUUCGAUUAUACGCACUCUGGGGAAAGGCCACAGAAUACGUCUUCGAACCAUUCGCGGAGAACACGCUGCCACCGUGGCAAACAGGGUCCGCUCUCGCGAUCCUCGAGUCGGAAUGGCUACAAUUCGAAACACAUUUUGCAGAUGCCCAUCGAUACAUCAAUGUCGACUUCAAGAGACGCACGCGAGAAGUUCCGCAGUCACACACAUAUCUUUCCACUUGGGUGUGUGUCCAGUUUCUGUUCCAUUCGAUUCAAUGUCUGCUCCACCACCCGUUCGUUAUCAUGACGAAACUCCGCGAUUUCAAUGGCAAUAUAUCCACAACAUUUUUACAAAAGUCAUUUGAGACUUCGCUUCUCCACUCCAGAUGGAUAGUGCGGUUUAUAAGGGAGAUGGGUGAGGUCAAUUUCGAAACUUGUGAUCCGUUCCUGGGAUAUCUGGCUGCAAUCGCUGCUACGAUUCAACUUGAGCAUACUGGUAGUAAGAAUCCGCAAAUUGCUUUGCUGCUCAAUAAGGAGUUUCGGGUUCUUGUCGAUUUUAUGACAGAACUGUCGGUGUAUUGGGAAAAUAUGAGUGUCCUGGUUCACAAAGUAAAUGAGCUAGCUGCUCGUCAUCAAAAUUAUGGAUCUCUUUAUUACAAUCAAGAAGGAUUCUCAGGGGCAUUAUCCAAAAUGCCUACCCCUUCAAAUAUGCCGAGAAUGUCUGCGGACGACGAGGCUCUGAUGUGGGAAAUUCUCGAUUUUGGUGCUUCAUCUGGGGGAGCUGUGGAGGCUCAAUUUGGUGAUCUAGCUAUUCCUCGGGGUCGCAGCAUUGAAUUAGAGGCAGGGCAGAGGGUUGAAAACAACACUAGUCCUGCGAGAAUAUCCCAGCGAAAUGGGAAUGGCCAGAGCGAUUUAAUGGCCAGUAAUCUGCCAGGUCAAGGUAUCUCGCUUCCUGAUCAACUAUCGGGGUCCAUUAACGAAGGUCCCUUACCAGAAUGGCCUUUUUCGGGGAGUGGCAAUGAUGUUGUGGGGGUAGGGAUCCCGGACAUUCCAGAGUGGAUGAUCUUGGGUGAUUACAUGGCAGAGCAUCUGUAA